AUGGCGCGCAACUUCAGGGGCGGAAUGGACCUUGCGCUCCGCCAGAACAUCUCGGACGAUGUCUUCCUCGGCGAGCCUUGUGUGCCUGGCCAUCCAUUCGAGGUAGUCAUCCCCUUCGCUGAAAAGCUCCGCACUCAUGGUGUCCUCGAUGCCGAAGAGCUGCGAAAGCACCUCCCCGCCGCCGUUCAUGGUCGAAUCGUCCGUCGCCUCAAUCCCAGCGGACACUACGUCUCUGUCAUCGUCUUCGGCCUCGCCCCCAACACCUUCGAUAACCCGAUGAAUCGCAUGAACCUGGCCCUGAGCUAUAACAUGGCGCUCAACUGA